CUGCCAGUUGCAGGACGGUAGCAUUGCUGUCGCUAGACUCUUGUGAAUUAACGUAGCGGAUCAUUAUUCUACCAAAAUUAUUCCGAUUGCGUCAAGAAUAGGCCCGCUUGUGGUUGACAAGCAUUUGGAGGCUGAAACGAACACCACAAGUGUUUUUAUAUUGAAAACGUUUCUUGCUCUUUGGUUACUGAUGACGUCUCAUGUACAUUGUUUUUAGGGGAUUUGUUUAAUGUUGUGUUUCUAAAGUGUUUGGCCUUUAAACACUUUUUGUGUUUUUGGAAACUGUGUUGCCACAGCGCAUGAAUGUUAUUUGAGUGCAGUGGCCAUGCUGCCGUCUCCCCGAGGUGCUGCGCAGAGGGAUGGAGGCAGUGAGGAGCCGGGCGGGGCCCGGCAGGCACAAGUGCAGGCGCAAGGUGUCGGCAGGCAGAACCCUCCUCCCGCGGCGAGCGCAAAGGGCAAGGGCCUCCCGUCGCCUGAGAACAAAAAGCUGAGGAUCAAGAAGGAGAAGAAGCCGCCCAAGGAGAAGAAGAAAAAGAAAGCUCGCGCCAGCGACGCGGAUCACGGAGACAAAGGGAGCCUCGACAUCCAGGCUGCGAUCGCUGCCUUGGCCGCGGAGAUGGAGCGCAUGCAGACGCAGAACGUCCAGGUCGAUGCGAACAACAGAAUUGUUCCACCGGUGCUUACUCCUGAACAGGAGACACUACUAGGAAAAAACUUUGUUAAUGUUCUGGAGUAUAAAUCUCCCAAGCAUCCAACGGCAUUAUUCCAGUGUGUGUUAUGCAAGAAGUUCUGCAAGUCAUAUGAUAAUGUUUCUGGCCAUGUCUCUGAGUCACUGCAUAAACAAAAAUUACAGAGGUUGAUGGAUGACAUGACUUUGAACUGCCUGCCGCCCCCCACCAAAGAUCAGAUAGAACAUGUUACAAGAGUGGUUCAUGAUGUACUGUCGUCCAAUGGUCUCGGAGAUAAAGGAAUAGAGGAUAGAGCUGCAGUUACUGAGAGAUUGGAUACCCUUGCAAAACAGGUUCAUCCAGAUUGUGGGGUACGCAUGUAUGGAUCAACAGUCUACGGCUUGGCUUUGAAAACAUCUGAUCUCAACCUGGAGCUGACAGUCGGUGAUGAAAGCAAAGCUUCAAAAAUGUUGUGUCUGUUAGCUGAUGAAAUAGAAAAGGAUGAUGGAACCUACAGGAAUUUGGAGCGAAACUUCACUGAUUCUGAGCCAGCUUUGAAGUUUUAUGUCCGGGAGUACAAGUUCAGAUGUGUCGUCAUCAUGCAGAAUAAGCACAGUUACCAGUUGUCGAAGCUCAUCGCUCAGUAUGUUGACAUUGAUCAGCGGGUCAGACCAUUAGGAAUAAUGUUCAGAACACUGGCCGCAGACUUGGGCCUGGACAAGCCAGACAUGGGCUUUUGGCCUCCGCAUGCGUUCGCUUUGCUCCUGAUCUACUUCCUGCAACAGCUCGACGAUCCAGUCCUGCCUGUCCUGCACGAGCUCGUUCACGAUCUCGAGUACAACCCAGAAGUUUACUGUGAUGAGGAAAACAUGAAGCAAAAGUGGCACACCACUAACACCACGCCUGUGGGUGAGCUGUGGUUAAAGCUCCUCAGAUUCUACACAGUUGAAUUCCCCACCCACGAGUACGUAGUUUGCAUCAGACAGAAGGCACCUCUUACUCGUACUUCAAAAAACUGGACGGGGAAGAAAAUUGCCAUUGAAGAUCCAUUUCGUCCAAAGUUGAAUGUAUCACGAAGCUUGGAGAUAUUCGUAUGCUUUGAAUUUGCUAUGAACUGUCUGAGGAAUGCAUACAAGUAUUUUGGUGUGCUGCAGUUAGGAACUGGUCCAAUCCUGAGCUGGAUUUACGAUUCCUCGAGGUUGAAAUGUACCUUCCAGCCUCCAGUUGCGACGCGCAAGAAGCUUGAGGGCUAUGCCAUAUCUGCGCCGUUUUGCGAUGACAACCCACCGCAAAAUGUGAAGUUUGCAUCUCCCGAAAUGCCUGUUACAAAAGAAGAUGCAAUAUUUUUAUUUCAGAUUUUGAAUCCCACGUACCUUUGCUACAGAUAUGAUCCGGCCAAGUUUUUGGGGAAAGAGGGAGUUCCCGUCAGGUGUGCCACCUGCGGCAACAUGGGCCACAGUGCCAACAGGUGCAAAGUGGAGAAGCUUUUGCCCAUCCCUGAAAACUUACCACCAAUGGAAGAUUACUACUUGGAUGCCAUUAUGCAGUGUUGCUGCGAGAUUGAAAAAAGGUGGAGCAUGCAACCUGAUGAAGUGGAGAAACGUAAGCAGAUAGUCAGCGACGUGGAGAUGUUUGUGUGCGUGAAGAAGCCGGACGCCAGGCUCCAGUUGUUUGGGUCGUCAUGCAACGGCUUUGGUCUCCAGAAAUCCGACAUAGACAUCUGCAUGACGUUCAGAAGCAAUGAAAAGGGGGAGGGAAUAGAAUUUGUGAAAGCCAUAGAGGAGUUGACGCACUUGUUAAGAGGGUACAACAAAAUGAAGAACAUUCUGGCCAUCACCACAGCUAAGGUGCCCAUAAUGAAGUUUUAUCUCCCGGAGUCGGACCUAGAGGGAGACAUCAGCAUGUACAACGUCCUGGCAUUGAGGAACACGCAGUUGCUCAACAUGUACUCUGCCAUUGAUCCUCGUGUGAAGACUCUAGGUUGCGUGGUGAAGAGGUUCGCGAAAGCUUGCGACAUCUGCGAUGCGUCCCGUGGCAGCCUGUCGUCGUACGCGUACAUCCUCAUGCUGAUAUUCUUCUUGCAGCGCUGCGAGCCUCCUGUGCUACCAGUUCUGCAAGAGCUGUGUACACCACAAGAAUCACAGUUCAUGAUUGAUGAGUUUGAUACCUACUUCUACAAUGAUCUUGGCCAGUUGCCAUCAGUGUGGGAUCAAUACGGCCAAAAUAAAGCAUCAGUGAGUGACUUGUGGCUGGAGUUCCUGAAGUUCUACUCCAAGUUUAACUUCAACUUGCACGUGAUAAGCAUCCGCCAGCUCAAGCCGCUGCUUUGUUUUGAAAAACGUUGGACGAACAGAGUGAUGGCCAUCGAGGACCCAUUUGAACUUACUCACAAUUUGGGUGCAAGGCUGUCUAGGAAAAUGCUGGUAUUCAUUAUCAACACAUUCAGAACAGCAUAUAAGCUGUUCAGCACACCAAGGAUAUCCUGUCUGGAUUAUAUUGGACGAUUAGAGAGAUAUUUCCUGGAUCCACGUCAGUUAACAUCAGGGGAGCCACCGAACGAUAGAGGCUGUCGCCUGUGCAAGAAGACUGAUCACAUGAUUAAACAGUGCCCACUGAGGAAGCAAAGCCGUCACAGGAACAUGCAGCAAAAGUGGGGAAAUGGCCAGGGCAUGGAUAGAAGACAGGCGCCACGCAACGACUCGGCUCUCCCGAGAAAUUUGGUCCCUCAGCUUGGGAAGCCCCUACUUUUGCACCCUGGGUUUACUCCCCAUCAGCCGGCCAUGCCGUUCCAGGGAUCCUACAAACAAAUGCUCUUCAUGAACACCGACUUGACCAGGAACGCCCAGAACCUGAGGUACAACAAAAUGCCACCUGCAUUCGCAGCUCGGAGCAACAACAGCCUGCAGCAAGCGAGUCCGAAACAGGUGCCCCCAUUGUUCAUCCCCAAGAAUGUUAAUCAAGUCUCUGCAGGCAGCUCUAUGCGAAGAGGGGAUUGUGGUUUUGGUGACAAUAGGGACUCGCCUGUUUUGCCACACAGAGCACAAGACUCCACAAACCUGCGUCAGCACACAGUCAAGAAUACAGUUCAUCCGUUCAGAUUCCAGGCUAGUAACGCUGUGAGCAUGCCUGGUCCCAGCAACGUGUCGCAGAACUCUGUGUUCAGUUUUUCUGCUGAAAACAAGAUGCCAGGUCCAACUCCGAGGCUGCUGAAUGGAACUGUGUCUCCGUUGAACCGUGCAGUAUUCGAAGGACCCCCUCCCCGCCCUGCCGCAUUCUGUUUUUACGGACCACCUCAAACUCCACCGGUUGUAGACGUAACGGUACAGUACAACCAGAAAAAAUGACCUCCACAUUGACAGCACCGUGUGAUGCCCAGACGUUCUUUUUGACAUUUUUGAGUAUUAUCUCCCGUACGUACGUUAUACGUACAUGCUAUUAUUGGUCGUUCAUUCUGUGACAGUGCACUGCAGUAUUGUUUGUUGGGAAUACAAAUUACUAGCAGUUAACGUUUCAGCAAAUAUGUAGUAGUUAAAAUGUUGGUAACUGGUGUUAAGUUGACCCUGAAACCGCUUAAUUGACUGCUAGUCUUUGGAUUAAUUAAUUUACACUUGACCAGUAUUUUAGAGGUAUUGUACUGCAGUUAUUCUUUAUUACAUACAACAGCAUUGUUGAUCCAGUUUUAAGCUUCAGUUUUUGUGAUACAUGUAGGGUUUUUCUUAAGGUUGUAGCACAUUUAAAUUUUGUGGCUGUUUUUUUUUUAUUGGGGUUAUGUACAUUUUAUUAAAAGUUACAUUUUAAAAAUAUAUAUAUUUUUUUAUAGAGGUGUUUUAUAUAACCACAUCAUACAUAAUUUAACCUUGAAGUAAGAAUAAAAUGUUGUAGUUGGUUAUAUGUAUGAUAAUGCACAAUUAAUUUUAUUAUUACUGCAUACUAUGCAUCAUCAUAGUAGGUAAUGGUUUUAAUAAGAAAUAUAGAUGUUCAAUUUACAAUUAAUUACAGUUUAGUGGCCCAGAGUUUUGAAUUACUUGUAAUUUUCAUGACAAGCAUUGUAUAUAGUUGCACAAAAAUACAAAGCUGAAAAGUUUUGCCAAAAUAGUACUAGUGUGAAUGUCAGUAUAUAUAUCAUGGUUUUUUUGUAUACUUGUGAAUUGUAAGGUGUGUAUGUAUAGUUACAAUUAUUGUUUAUUGUAUUAAAUUGAUACAAAAUUUA